CUUAAGGUCACUGUCAUGUUUUGACUUGGUUGCCACGGACGCGAUAACUGGACCGAGGUUUCCACAAAUAAAGAGUGUUCAAAAUAGAUGUCAGACAAUCAAAAUAUACCUCGAAUAGAUCUAGAAAACUUUGAAGAUCCCCAGUUUACAGACUCUAAGUAUGUCUUAACCAGCCCGAGAUCACUAGAAGCUUGCUCACAUUUAAAGAUACUUGUAAUUUACGUCAAUAUAUUCGAUAUUUUUUAGCCUGUGGAUCUUUUGCAUAAAAGCAGGGCUGAGUUCCUCGAACGUUUUAAAAAACUCCCUCCAAGUAAAAUUGAGGAAUUGUACUUAAGAAGUGAAGAAAAGAGAAGAGAUAAGCUUGCAAAAGCUAGAAUAGAAAGAUGGAAGUUAGUACAGCCUGACUGUACAGAUGCGCAUAACAACCCUCCGUUUGACGAAACUCAUAUUAUGGAUGGUGAAAAUGGAAUUUCACACAGAGGAAGAAAUUCAACCUUCCACUCAUCUCCUGGAACACUUCAGAAUUUUGCUAAUUUUGAACCAUGUUUGACGAAAAAGUAUUCACAUCUAAUCGAGAAACUACAACCUACGGAACUUAAACAGAUUGAAUUAAUGCAAAGAAAAUAUCAGCAGAAUAAAAUCGAUUGUUUGUCAUCAACUGGUUCUUUAUCAAGAAGUCUACAAAACUUGGUACUUGUUGGUCAGGCAUCUAGACCACAAUCGGCUCUUUGCCGAAAAUCUCAACAUGACAAAAGGAGCUCCGACUAUUCGAAAAAUACGGAACAGCGUUUAAUGCGUAGGGCAUCACAUUCAUCACUUGAUAAAGAAAGACAGUUCUGGAAACGGAAGCAAACUCAAGAACAAAUACAAAAUGAUGAAAGAGAACGUGCGCAAAAAUGUUAUGAAGAGAAGCUAAACAAAGUUGAAAAACAGAGAAAUCAAAUUUUGAAAGAAAAAGAAAGAAAUAUGAUUGCAGCUCAUUAUGAACGUGCAAGAAAAGUUCGUGAAGUUCUAGAAAGAAAAAAACAAUUAAGGAAAAUGAUUGAAGAAUAUAGAAAAGAACUGUACGAAGCUCGAGAACAAUCUAUACAACGAGCUAUGGAACGUGUAUCCUGUAGAUUAUCAGAAGAGCAGAAAAGAUUAGCUUCAGAACGAAGACAAAAACAAAUGCAAGUCGAAGAAAAUACAAAAGAAAUACAACGCAGAGAACACGAAGUGCGAAAGGCAGCAGAAUUAGCUUUACGACAGAAAGAUGAACACAUACGUCGACUAAUUGAAGAAAAAGAAGCUAGGAUUCAGCAAUCAAGAAAUUUGGCGUUGGCAGCUGAAUGUUUACGUGAAGAAAUGUUACGUGUUUAUAAUCUGGAUAGUUUUGAUAAAAAAGUUCAAAAAGUUACAUUGAUCAAUGAAAUGGGUUUAAAUGGAAAACAAUAAUGAUAUUAUUAUUGUUUUUUUCUGAUUGAUAAUACACAAAUAUAUUAUAUAUAUUUCAUGUUUUGUAUUUCAAUUUUACAAUAAGAUUAAUUUACAACAAUUUUGCUUUUAUUUAAUAUAACCACUUACGUAUAUACCAUUGUCUAUAUGUAAACUUAAACACUGUGUUAAAAUGUUCUGUGAUGUUUUGUUUUUCUUUUCAAUGUAUUUACACUGUUUUCAGUUUGUCACAAUCCUGGUGAUAUCAACAAAUAUUCGUUAAUGUUGAUUACAACAAGAAUUUUGAGAAACACUAUUAGCCUAAUAAUAAUUUUUUUAAUCUUUUUUCAAUAAACUUAAUCAUUCUGCUUUAUCAAAACAAUAGUUUGUUAUUAUUAUUUCUAGGAUAUUUUGAAAACUAUUUAUUGUUUGAUUAUUGUGAUAAAAUUCACAUUUACCUAGUUAAAGAAUGAAUUAGCUUUUGUCACGUAUUGAUACUGUGGUGUGGGCUACUUAUAUCAACAUAAGUAGUAUAUAUCGUGAGUAAGGGAUAGAACUUUUGACAGCAGAAGAUUGAGAAGAUCAAGAAGAGAAGAACAGAAAUAAAAAGCAAUUGGUGUGAAAACCCAGGAACAGUGGAGCCUGAGACAGAUAAAGAACAUUUUGCAAAUAGAGUAUCAGAGUAUGGUUUUCAUAUUUUAUCAAGGAACGUUGUAAGUUGUGCUGGAAAUAUAGUCGGUUGUCCUCACCAGUGUUCUCCUUCACCACAAUACUAGCUGAAGGACCUUUAAAUAGUUAGAUAGAAGUUUCUCUUUAUUUUCGGGGAGGAAAUCUCGUCAGUGCAAAUUGUUCUCUUCUUAAAAUUUACUUUCGUAUUAAAAAAUAUAUUUAUAAAGUAGU